UUUUUUGAAAGAAAUUGAGGCGGUGGCAAGGCUUACAAGUAUUCAUAUCAGUUUACUAGAAACCCUGCGGGAAGAAGUUAUUUUAUAGCAUUGCAUUCUGGGACGUUCAGAGAUUGGUGACCUGCCAACAAGAGAGUCAUUGAUCAAAUAAAAGGCAUAAAACUAGCCAAGCUUCUGUAAGCUAAUACAGAACGUUCUCAUCAGUAAAUCUACGUUUUGAGAACAUAGAGAUUUGAAUUGGACAUAAAUGCAUAUUAAAAAUUUCCGUUUUUUUAUGGAUCAAUAAAUAAAGGUACAAUAUUAUGAUUAUUCUUUCAUUUUUAACAGGUUCCAACAGGUUCUUCUUCACCCUGCUAUACGGCAUAACCUGUUUUCGAAAGGAAACGUAAAGAACUUGUCGAUUUUAAUUGAAUAUCUACAGUGUAAAUGCAAUCUACAAUGGAAGAGUCUACUCUGAUCAAGGAUGCCGAACAAGAAAACCAAGACCUUCAAGAUGACGAUGAGAAACAGACUUUCAAACAGAAGCUAAAAAGCGAGUUUAAAAUCGACCGGACGACAAUUGCAUAUAAAGCGUUCUAUUUUUUCUUUUUCGGUGGAUUUGGAUCGUCUUUCCCAUAUAUGCCGUUGUAUUUUCGUCAGAUUGGACUCAAUGCUAGUCUGGUUGGACUUUUGGCGGGAAUUCGUCCGCUGAUUCAAUUCGCGAGCGCUCCAUUUUGGUCUGUUCUUUCGGACAAAUUCAAAGCACGCAAAGCCGUUCUUCUUUUCUCUAUCACAGCUUGGCUAGUAAUGACGUUAGCUCUUUUGAUCCCCAAACCUCAUAAUACGGUCUGUAAGGUGAAAACUAAUAUUGUAAUUAGAACUGGUAUGACUGGUGGAGCUGCUGAUUUUCCUGAAGCUGAAGCCGAGUUUAUGCAAAACCAUUCGAGCAAAUUCCUCAACAUACCAAAACAGAAAAUGGAAUCAUUUAUCAAAAGUCGGACUACAAAAUCCUACCAACUUGCACAAAGCCUUGAUAAAGCUGUCAUUCCGAGGAAAUCGCUUCAAAAUACCGACAAACAAGCGCUAAAACAACGACGCUCUUCAGGAAACACGACAGCAAGCCAGCAUUAUCAAAUAGUUCGUGAUCCCCACGAGAUUAACAUGGUUUUCAUAUGGUUAAUGGUGCUUAUCGUGGUUGGUGAGUUUCUCGAGGCACCCACGUUCAUUCUGGCGGACACCGCUCUUUUACAAAAGCUACAAGAAAGGAAAAAGCACUACGGGAAGACAAGACUAUUCGGCUCGCUUGGAUAUGCAACAGCAUCUUUCAUCGUAGGCGCAUUGCUAGAAACAACACGAUACACAUACUGCGGUCAAUCAAUGAACGACUACAACUACCUCUUCUACAUAUUCGCCGUCGUAAUGGGCUUAGCGUUUAUCUUUGCGGCUUUUUUAUUUGAGUUCAACUACGACGAUGAUAAAAAUGGCGGCAAAAUCGACGAGUGCGCUGUAUGGAAAGUCCUCCUAGAUCCAAAAUACUCUCUCUUCAUGACUAUAGCUUGGUUUUUAGGUUUUAGUAAUGGAUUGCUUUUUAACUUCUUGAACUGGUAUCUCGAAGAUCUUGGAGCCUCGAAGUUGUUAAUGGGUUCGGCGACUUUUAUGAGAGCAACAGGACUUGUCAUAGCGUUUUUCCUAAAUUCUUUUAUGACAGAUCGCUGUGGGCAUGUUUUUGUAUCGUUUAUGUCGAUCAGUUCGUAUUUUGUGCUAUUUAUCUCAUUAGCUACCAUGCGCAAUCCAUUAUGGGCCUUCCCUCUAGAGUUGCUGGAAGGUCUUGCAUACGGGACUUCUUGGUCGACUUGUGUGACGUAUAUGGCUGGGGCCACGCCCAUGAGUGGUGCCGCAACUAUGCAAGGCAUUCUACAAGGAAUCUACUGGGGACUAGGAGGAGGUCUUGGUGCUAUUCUUGGAGGUGUCAUGAUCGACCAGUACGGUGCUGUCCUGUCAUUCUUUUUUGGCGCACUACUUUCUUUGGUCUUUUUAUUCGUGUUUCUUAUGAUUUAUGUUCUCGUAAAUAGAAACGAAAAGAAAAAGAAAGAAUGGACCCCAAUUGAUAUGAAAGAAUCUUAAUCAUUAUUGAACGUUCGCUCUAAGAACGAUAAUUUUUUUGAGAUGAUGCAGGGCCGUAGCAAGAGGACGGGCAAUGAGGGCUCCCACUCCCCCUGUCUCUGCCCCGUUUAAGGUUUAAUUUCUUUUUUAU